AUGUCAACAUUACCUUCUUCAAGAGGAAGCUCUCCUGAUGCUGAAAAAGACACCAGAAGUAGCCCCCGCUGCAGAAGCAAGCGCAACUCUCAACAUGCGACGCCAGCUUGGAAUCUCAUGUUCCAACCUCGGUCCUAUGAAGAGAUUUAUUCUGAGCGAGCAUAUCUCACAGCGUCCCUCCAAAGGCACUCACUCACAGCGAUCGAGUUGAUCCAUCAAUAUUCCUUGAUAGAGGAAGAACUCCAUGCUCAAGAGCAUAUUGGAAAGCAGCGACGGAAGCUCCGCAAGCGAAUGAGUUUUAUCAAAGUAAAGUUGGCUGAGGCGGCUCGCCAAGAAAAAGCAAUCAUUAUUAGGCUAGGCGAGUUACAGAUGGAGCAACUGGGAAGAGAUACUUGGGACCAGGUACAGCAGCGUCGGAUGUUUUACCCAUUGACGCCAUCAUCCACGCCACGCACGACACCGCUCAGUGCAGGUUCAAAGGAAUUUGUUCCGUCUGAGACUCGAUCUGAGAAUUCCCCAGGUCAUAUCCAGCCCUGUCCAUCCGAGGCCAAGCCCAGAGUCCUUGACACAGUGGUUGAAGUACAAGAAGGAGAGGAGGAGGAUGCCAAUGAGAUUAUCAUCAACACCGAAGAGGAAAACCGACUUGAGCCCAGAGACUGA